GGACAUAUGAACCAAAUCCGUGAAUAAUCAAAGCUGCAAAUGCGGAGGGAUGAGUGUAUUCUGUUGCUCCUUAUUCCUAGCCAUGUGAAAACCCGUUACAGCCCUGGAAUCCUGCCCUUGGAAAGGAAGGGCACGAGUUCCGUUACUUAGCUGAGUCCCAACGGCCGGCCGAGGGACCCACUUCUCCCGAUGGAGCGCUACCAGGUGCUGAAGGCUCUGCCCGGGGGAGCCCUGGGGACCAUGCUGAUAGUGGACUCCAAAGCCGAGAAAGAAAAGGACGGACGGAGGAAGAACUUCCUGGUGAAAAAGGUUGAAUGCAUUGAUGAAAAACAUGCCAACGAUGCGCUCGCAGAGGUCAUGGAUCUGCUAAAAAUAAAGCAUCGAAACAUUUGGCCCUACAAGGAAUUUUUCAUCACUUGGGACAAUAAGAUUUCGUCUGUCUUUCUUUGCCUGGUGAUGGCUUAUUCAAAUCAAGGAGACCUUUCAUCUCUGAUCAAGGCCAGGAGACAGAAACAUGUGAAAAUUCAGAAAAGGGUGAUUCAGAUAUUCUUGGGGCAGAUGAUAGAUGUUUUGAUUUAUAUCCACCAACAAAAGAUUUUUCACAGAAACAUCAAACCAUCCAACAUCCUUUUAUCUGGUGAGGCAUCCUUCAUGCUUUGUGAUUUCGGCUCAGAAAGCCUUAUGACCGAUGAGAUGAAAUGGCAGAUAAGGGCGAAAGAAAAUCCCAACUAUGGGGCCUGGAUGGCUCCCGAAGCCCUGGAGUUUUCCUUCAGUGACAAAGCUGACAUCUGGUCUCUUGGCUCCAUUCUGCUGGAAAUGAUGAGCUGUUCUCGCCUGAAGGGGCAAGAUAUCAUGCAGUUACUGCAUGACAUUCAGAAGAACAGCAGUUGCCUGGAGGGGGCUUUGAAAGCAAUGAAGCACCAGGAGACACCUUUGGCUUCCAUCUUGCUGGGCAUGCUGAAGAUCGACCCCAUAAUGAGGCCUACAGCAGAGGAGCUGUUUGAUAAUCCGAUUAUUAGGGAAUGCCUGGUUCUAGCUGAGUCUCCCUUGAUAAAGGUGAAGAAGUGUGUGCCUCCAGGAUUACUGGACAUUAUCCUUGAUGGUGGAAUCCAGACUGUUUUAGAAUUUAUGGUGUCUUAUCAAGACAUAGAGGAAGCUCAAGAAAAGAGCAUUGAGCGUCUCAUUAGCCUCUUGAAAGAAGCAAAGGUCAAUGUAAAAGUCUUCCUUGAACUUAUGGAUCCUGUGACAUAUGCCAUCAAAAAUCACAUGGAUUCUCCUGAGGUCCAGUUAGCUGGAUUCUAUUUCCUGCUUGAGAUCAUUGGCAGAGCUGUGGGACAGAACAUGAAUGUGGAAAUGCUGGCCUGUGAGAACAUUCUCAGUUGCGUGUUAAACUCCAUGAGGACCCACAUGGACAACGAAGGGCUGCUCCAGAUGAUCUGCACCUUAUUCAUGAUGAUGUCAAGCAACGAGGCAGCUGCAGAAGCCCUGAGAAAGGCCGGGAUCUUCUCAGACAUGCUAGCCAUCCUGAGUAAAUUUGCCCACAACAAGGAGAUCUGCCUUGCAUGCUGUGGGGUCAUUUGGAGUCUGCUUGCAAACUUGACCGAUGUGACUGAAAUCCCCUUGAAAGAUGCCAUCAAAGUUGUGACCCUUGUCCUUGACGCACACCUGGAGCAUGCUGAAGUGGCAGAGUCAGCGUGCUGUGCUUUCUGGGCCCUGUCCCUUCAUGGUUGCAUAGAGGAAGCUAAUUAUGAACCAUAUGCCUUGCUUCUGUUGGAGGCUCUCCGGUGCCAUCUGGAAAGACCCAUCCUUGCAAAAAAUGCCUGCCUGGCCUUGGCAAGCCUCUUCAGGACUUCUGAGCUCUCUGGCUUCCGGUUCAUCAUCACCGAUGAAAAGGGAAACGGGAUCAGCCUCCUCAAGGACUGCUAUCAGCUCCACCGCGAAGAUCCUGAAGUUGUGGAAGACAUCUGCAUCCUGAUUGAUGAGAUGUUCAAAUAUGAUGAAAUAGUGCUGGAGAUGGUCUCCCAGAAUAUUUCAGAGAUGCUGACUGAAAUGAAAAAUAGAUUUACUUCCAGUUUGGAAAUAAUUGCCCUGGCUGACAAGGCACUUGCCAAACUGCACAAAAAUGGUGAGCAAUUUCAAAUAUAUAACUUGUUAUUUACAAACAUCUCAAAAUUAUUCUAUUUAAACUAUAUAUUUUUCCACCCCCCUACUUAUUCUCACAGGGCUCCUUAUUUGAUCUGCAGUCCAGUUUAUUAAAGAUGAUUUUUCUGCAUCUGCUUCUGGAAGAUACGGCCACAGGCUUCAGUGACCUCACUUUCUGUUGCAGAGGUGUAUUAUUUGUGGAAUUUAGGGCUUAUAUAUGUUAGUGUUGUUACGCAAUUAAUAAACAUGAAAGUAACCGUGACUUUCCUGCCCUUCCAUCAGGCAGUAUCUGCCACUUUGCAGUUUGGGCUCAGAAAGCUGUGAUGCGCAGAGCUGCCGCACCAAGCCUGGCUAGCCCCUGCCUCACUUCUGAAAACUACAGCCAUAUCCAUGAAAACCCGGGGCCUCCAGGCAGCAUGUGCUCCUGUAUUUGGGCUCAGGAGGAGCUUUUCCAAUGCAUACAAAUAUAUUUCUUGUCUUGCCUCUAAAAUGGUUGACAAAUCAGCAUUUGAAAGUCCCAUUUCAAAAACUGUUUGUCAGGUACCCUGGAGUGUGGCCACUUGAAGAAAACUCUCAAUCCCCAGCCCCCUCCUGUAUACAGGACACAUCCUGCAGUUCUCUCGAUCCUGGUGAGGAAAGGUAAAGAGUGACCAAAAGGAACUGCAGCCAGCCAAUGACCAGGACUUUGGCAGCAACAGGAGGCACUGGUACUUUCCUGACUCAGUUCCAAAUGGUCAAAGUGUCCACAUAAAUGAAUUUCAACAAAUAGCAGAGGCUUUCUUAAAUUUUUGACCCUCUAGACUCCUUUCCUGUUUCUAACUGUCUCCUGUGGCUUCCACAACCCUGAUGAGAAGGGGCACAUGGGUGCCUGUUGCAGCUGGGAGAUUUCAGAAGAUUCACUCUUCCACAACAAUAACCAGCCUCCAUCUGCUGGGAAGAAGACGACUCAACAACAUUUAGCAGGAAAACCUAGUGGUCUGGUUUACCUGGUCAGACGUUGUGGUAAGCUGCUGAACUAUUAAUGCAUUGCUCCCCAAAACCAGGAUACUCCCAAGUAUAUACAAGCACAAGCCUUUCAGUAGAAAGAAAAAUGGUGACUUUCUCCCUUUGCAAAGCAGUUUUCCAGAGAAUCUGGGGCUGAG